AUGUCCAAUUCGAGUCAGGAUAGUCCGGUCCAUCCUCCGUCGUUCCGCCGUCCUUCUGUCUCCUCCUCUGCCUUAUCUUCCCUCCAUGUCCAGGCUCGCUACAGCUCUCGUCACCCUUACAAUCCGCCAGACACCGAUGAGGUCCAGCUCGAAACCUUAGCAUGCAGCAGAGAUAAACAAGAACAUCAAUCCUUUCUCCACUCGCCAGAACAUAGAAAACGACCAUCUCUCUCACCUUCAGACUCCGCAUCCGACGCCUCUCACUCCAAUUCAGACCCUGGCACGCGACUCCUUGGCGACGCACCGUCAUCCUCCUCCCACCGUGGCCGUAGCUCCCAGAUGAAGCGCAAGAACCACACGCUCUCCAAACGUCGCUCGAAGCCGACACUCAGCGUUGCGACUGGCCAAAACGGCUACGCUCCCGAAGAGAUGAACUCUGGCAUUGAGAUGCGCAAGCGGGACACCUCCGCCGAGUCCACUGUCUCCGCGCGAGCAGAUCGCUUCAUGUCUAGGACAAGCUUCUCCCUUGACCAGGAUCCACCGGUGACCCCUCAAACGCCUGGAUUGGCAACGACGAGCUUUGCCGACCUGCCGUCAAGCGAUAAGAGAAAUUUUCUGCUACUUUGUCUGCUAUACUUUUUGCAGGGUGUUCCUAUGGGACUGGCUACGGGAUCGGUCCCCUUUCUGCUUAAACCUUAUCUUUCCUACGGACAAAUUGGUGUCUUUUCGCUCGCAUCAUACCCGUAUUCGCUCAAACUACUUUGGAGUCCUAUUGUGGAUGCGGUAUGGAGCCGCCGAUUUGGCCGGCGAAAGAGUUGGAUCACUCCUAUACAGGUCAUUGCUGGACUGGCAAUGAUCUACCUGGGCAAACAUAUUGAAGAGAUGAUGAUAGAAGCUGGUGCCAAUGGCGGGGCUGGUGUCUGGAAAUUCACAUACUGGUGGUUUUUGCUGGUGUUUUUCUGCGCUACCCAGGAUAUUGCUGUGGACGGGUGGGCUAUCACCCUCAUGUCUCCGCCGAACAUCUCAUAUGCAUCGACUGCGCAGACUGUCGGACUGACGGCUGGUCACUUUCUGUCGUAUACGGUCUUCUUGGCUUUCAACUCCAAGGAUUUUGCGAAUCGCUGGUUCCGCACCACGCCUGCAGAAACUGGCCUUCUUUCUCUAGGGACAUACCUUACAAUCUGGGGCUGGGCUUAUCUGGUCGUGACCACCUGCUUGGCUUUCAUGAAGAAGGAAGAUCAGGUGUCAGAAAAGGACAGCAUCUCAGCUGUAUACCACAGCAUGUGGAGAGUGCUAAAACUCAAAAACGUUCAGACGAUCAUCAUCGUGCAUCUAAUCGCGAAAAUCGGGUUCCAGGCCAAUGACGGAGUUACCAGUCUCAAACUACUCGACAAGGGCUUCGGCCAGGAUAACAUGGCGCUGGUGGUUCUCAUCGACUUUCCCUUUGAGAUCGGUCUAGGCUACUACGCUGGUAAAUGGUCGACCGAGUACACCCCCAUGCGAUUGUGGUGCUGGGCCUUCGUCGGAAGACUUGCCGCCGCCGUCCUAGCUCAGUUCACGGUCAUGAUCUAUCCGUCCGGCUCCGACAUCCCGGCCUGGUACCUCUUGACCGUGAUACUCGAGCAUGUUCUCUCGACGUUUAUGAACACGGUCAUGUUCGUGGCUGUCUCGGCUUUCCACGCGCGGAUCUCUGACCCGGCCAUUGGCGGUACUUACAUGACCAUGCUCGCAACCGUCUCGAACCUCGGCGGCACAUUCCCACGCUACUUCAUCCUCAAACUGGUCGACAUGCUCACAUCCGCCACCUGCAUACCACCAACCUCGAAGCCCGCCGCCGAAACGUUAAAGGGUGACCUUGUAACUUCACCCUUUUCAUGCGCGCUCGAACAAGAUAAAGCUCGGUGCUUGGACGGCGGCGGCACCUGCAACGUCACGCGGGACGGGUACUACAUGACGAACAUCCUAUGUGUGAUCAUUGGGACCGUGACGUUUGUCAUGUUCAUCAAGCCUGCUGUGUUGAAGCUUCAAAGUUUGCCGCUGAGGGCUUGGAGGUUGAGUCCGGGGAGGGAUUGA